AUGAGUAAAGAAGAUCAAAUCAUAAGUUUUGACUUAUUAAGAAAGAUAGCUACUAAAUUACCUGAAAUAAUGAAAAAAAUUUUUGAUAAUGGAAUUUCCAAGGCUAUAUUUAUGUCAAUAAUCAAUAAGGAUGUUAAUGAAAUCAUUGGUGGAGACGGAGAUCAAAUUUCAUCAAGUGAGAUAGUUGAAAAAGUUGAAAAUUUUAUUGGAGAAAAUUUUUGUUAUUAUAAUCACGAUGACAAUUUUUAUUCUGCAAUUUUCGGGUUACUAUUGAAUCUGUUUCCUGAAUAUAAGCAUGAACCUUAUGCAAUAUUUUUAAAUAAUGAAAAAGACGUCGUUUUACAUCAAGCUAGUAUUUGUAUAACUUAUAUGAUUAAUCAUGAUUUUGAGGAAAAUAUGCCUAAAAUUACUGUGAUAGCUACUAAAUUACCUGAAAUAAUGAAAAAAAUUUUUGAUAAUGGAAUUUCCAAGGCUAUAUUUAUGUCAAUAAUCAAUAAGGAUGUUAAUGAAAUCAUUGGUGGAGACGGAGAUCAAAUUUCAUCAAGUGAGAUAGUUGAAAAAGUUGAAAAUUUUAUUGGAGAAAAUUUUUGUUAUUAUAAUCACGAUGACAAUUUUUAUUCUGCAAUUUUCGGGUUACUAUUGAAUCUGUUUCCUGAAUAUAAGCAUGAACCUUAUGAAAAACCUCCGCAUCCAUUUGGUAUUAAUGUAACUGAAUUUAUAAAUCCUGACCUUUUAAAAUCUCAAACACCAAUACCAACACCCGAAGAUUUUACACAAUCAACCGACGAGAAGAGUUUAUUAGAAGUUGAAUCAUCAUUUAAAACAAUUAAAGUUGGUCCUCAAACCGAUUAUAAACAAAAAAAAGUGGACGAGACUUUAAAUUCGAUGAUGGUAGAUUCCAUAACAGAAACAUCAUCGUCUUAUGUUGAAGAUACAAUUAGUAUCGAUGAUACAUAUAGUGAAACUAUUAUAGACCCAUUCUAG